GGGGGGCUGCGGGAGGCGGCGCAGAGCCGGGGGCGGGUUGGGCUUCCGCGGGGCGAAGCGGCCGAGACCCCGCGGCCUCCGUGCGACUGGCCUGACCCGCAUGCCCCGCGCCGGGUCUCCUUGCCCGUCAGCGAGGGGCCUGCCAGGCCCUGCUCCCCGCGGGGCGCCUUGGAGGUGCCCGGGACGGGCAGCACCUGGGUCCCGGCUUCUUGCAUCUGCCUCGCGGCUCCAGCCUGCGCCGCAGGAGCUCGCAGCCUCUUCAAGCGGCGCAUUUCGGAGCGUGGCGGGUCCCGAAGCAUUUGCUGGAUCGAGGGGUGGGAGUGAUUGAAACCUGCAGCCAGCCCCCGCUAGAGUUUCGUAGGGAGGCGUUGUUUGUCUACGACUUCAGCUGUGUUGCGAGAGGCCCUAAGGGUUUCAGGCGCUGAGUUCUGAUGCAAACUCAUUUCCGUGCCUACUAAAAAUCAAAAAAUUAAUAAAGCCCUCCUCACAUUGUUCUAUCCUAAACUUUCUUAUCAGCAAAAGCCGCCGUGGUUCCCCUGCUUUACCUGUGGUGGGUUAAGGUGUUAGGCCGGAGUUGUCUUAUGUAGGGUUUAGAUUACGGAUCAUAUGGGAUGGUUUGGAUAGAGAUGGUUCCCCCUCUGGCAGAGAGUCGGACUUGAGCAGUGUUUCUCAACCCGUGGUUCACGACCUAAAAGUGGGUCACAAGCAUAUAUGAAAGGGUUGCAGACAAACAUUAAAAAUGGAUUCUCCGUUUAAAGGAGACAAACGUGGGAAAUUGUGGCUUUUCCCUUGCGGGCUGGCAGAGCUCCAGUCUGUGAAGGGCUGCUUGGGGCGCCCCUGCCCCACACUGGGGGGCGGGGGUCAGCGGGUUGGGAGUGAGGAGCACUCAAAGUUUACAAAUGGGUCCUGGUACAAAAAAGGUUGAGAACCACUGGACUAGAUGACUUCUGGAGGUCCCUUCCAGCCCUACUUCUCUAUGAUUCUUCUGAGAAGAUUGUUUUCCACCCCAAACUAGCAUAAAUAAAUGAUCUACAAAUCUAAGCCUGAAAGAGCCAGAAUUAGGAUCCAAGAGUUACUGUCCCCCUGCCACCAAGUCCUGUGGGUGUUGUUAAGCGAUUUACCUUCUCUAUGUCCUAGUUCCCUUCACGUCUUCAAUUACAAUAAUGCCACGUUUAUAAACGGGGGGGGGUGUGGGAUGGCUUGUCAUGUGCGGCAUUUUGUUUUUUGACAGACGUCCUGCUAACUAAUGUCAGGGGACAGUGAUUGUACCAAAACAAGCCCGUCCGUGGGGUCUCCAUCAGAUAAUGAGUUUCUCCCAGAUCGGCCUCGGUAUGUGUGCAUGCUGUCUCCUGACCUUGUUGCCAAGGCUCGGGAAGAGCUCCAAGAGAAACCUGAAUGGAGGCUCCGUGAUGUACAAGCCCUCCGAGACAUGGUGUGUAAGGACUAUCCGACACUGGGCACCUGUUUGGACGAUGCUUUCUUGCUCAGGUUCCUUAGAGCCAGGAAAUUUGAUUACGAUCGAGCUCUUCAGCUUCUGGUGAACUACCACACCUGUAGGAGGAGUUGGCCUGAGGUCUUCACUAACUUGAAGCCAUCUGCAAUAAAGGCUGUUCUAGAAUCUGGCUUUGUCACUGUACUGCCUCACUUAGAUCCUGAGGGACGCCAUAUUGUCUGCAUUCGUCCAGACAGAUGGAUACCCAGUCAUUAUCCGAUUACUGAGAACAUUCGUGCCAUAUACUUAACAUUAGAAAAACUCAUUCAGUCCGAAGAGACCCAAGUGAAUGGAAUUGUAAUCCUUGCAGACUACAAAGGAGUCAGCUUAUCUAAAGCAUCUCACUUUGGUCCUUUUGUAGCCAAGAAAGUGAUUGGAAUUCUUCAGGAUGGUUUUCCAAUUAGAAUAAAAGCUGUCAAUAUCAUAAAUGAACCUCGCAUAUUCAAAGGCAUUUUUGCUAUCAUCAAGCCCUUUCUGAAGGAAAAGAUAGCAAACAGGUUUUUUCUCCAUGGCUCUGACUUGAAUUCUUUACAUCAAAACAUUCCCCAAAUGAUCCUUCCUGAAGAGUAUGGAGGCACUUCAGGGAAAUUGGACAUUUCUGCCUGGAAUGAGUUGCUGCUGGCCUCAGAAGAGGAUUUGCUGCAUGACUUCUCUCAGCUGGUUCUCCCAGGUAACAGCUUACCCUGUGAGACACUGGUGAGCGGGGAUGCUGAUGAGAAGCAGUGUGAUGAGUCUCUGCGAGGUAUGAAACCUCAGCUCUAUUACUGUUACUGACACAGCUGAAGGAAGCUUCCUAGAACUGUCAAAAGCUACAUACCCUCUCAUGUUCUGAGAAAAAAAGUAGUAAUUCUGAAUUCUGCCUGAUUCCUAAACCUGUAGUUCAUGAAUAAGCUGCAGAGGCACUUUACACUGGAACCAAAGCAAGCAGACGUGGGUAAAUAGGGGCAAGGCAUAGUUUACUGAGAAUAAGCAACAGGGCACAUCAUUCCCAAGCUACUUGAAGUGUUGUAGAUUUGUUAACCCCAGUGUGAGUGAUGCAGUCUGGUGCAUUCCUCCUAAUAACAAGACACAAAUAACUCAUGCUUGUGUGAACCUAAUAACCUCUCAUGGCGGGGGGGGAAAAGGGCAGAAAAUAUUUGGCUCCAAACUAGCAAAAAGUAUAGCUUUGCCUUUGCCCUCUGCAAAGUGUAGCUCUGUCAGUGGAGGUUGUCAGAAAUGUCAAAUGCUUGAUCCUGUCUGUGUGCUAGCAUAUCAGGAUCAAGCAGGUGUAUCAAUGCUUCUUUCUGCAUGUUAGAAUAAGGUUCUUCUCUCAGAUCUGUGGACUCCACAGUAUUGGCGCUUCUCUCCAAUACUGCGUGUGCAGGUUUUCCUAGAUGUACCAAGUUCUGCCCAGUGGAUUUGAAAGGAGAAUUUUACUCUGACUUCAGAAAAAUGUGGUAACUUGUUCCAAAGCAGACUAUAGUUGCAUGCAAAUUCCACUUGCAGAGAGCCAAGAGCCUUUCAGAUCUUAUAUCAAAUAGCAUUGUUUUCAAGUGGAUGCAACUUUGAAUAUUGACAGCAAUCCAGGACCAAAUGAGAGGGACUGAGAUCACUCACUUGCAUUAAGCAUGUGUCACACAGUUGCUAUUUCCUUCACCUAAUUGUGUUAAUGCCCUGCCUUACUUCUAAAAGGACGUCCAAAGUUGUUCUUCAGUAAAACCUGUGGGAAGAUUUUGUAGCAGUCAACAUUGAAGUAUAGAAGGCAAUAUAAAGAAUGAGAAAGCAAGGUGCUGCUUUAGAUGCAUUACUCUGGGUAGAAUGUUUAAAUCCAAAUCUUUGCAAACCAAAUGCAGACAGCGUAUCUUAAAAGCACAUUCUCAGCUUUAUUGUAAAGUAUGGUUUUGUUCUCUGUAUGGCUUUGUCCUGGUUUGAAUAAUUGUAUUGCCAUUUUGAUUUCAACCCUAUUUCUUUUUGGCUAGCAGGUUCUUAUGAGAUCACUUUUGUGAUCCUUAACCAUAAGCUUUGUGGUCCUGUGCUUUAGAUUCUUACACUGAAGUUGGGCCUGUUGAAUGAGGUCAAGGUGUCCUGUCUGAGUAUGCUGUUCCUGACUCCUCUUGUUCCUUCUUCGUCAUUGUAUUGAACUGUAAAUUAACUUGGAGCACAUUCUCUUUGCACAUGAUGUUGUGCACAAUCAAAACAGUGCACAAGUGAAACCUCACAGGAUAUGGAAAGCACACCCAGCCAUUUAAAGGGUAUUUCACUGGACAAGAGCAUUGAUUGUAACUGAACACCUCAUUUUCAUUGCACUUUUUAAUGGCUGGAAUAUUUUGGUGGGAGGGAGUGGGGAGGAAGGGAGAGGGAUUUUACCUAGUGCCAAGGGUGAAAAAGGGAUCAGUUGUCUUGAUGUAAAUGUGAAGUAUGAGGUCUCAUAGGGUUGGGACGUCUUUUUCUCAGUGUGCCAAACUGCACUUGUUUUGAUUGUCUGUCUUUUUUUCCUAGGUUGCAGCACAACAUGGCUUUGUGUUGCCAGAAUGUUUUGGGGGAAGGAAUGGAUGAAGGGUGUCAUGGCACCCUUACCUGGCACAAGCAGAGUUUACUAUAGAGCUGAGGGAAAUGCCAGCUCUCUUUAUAAAGCAAUAUGAGAUAGGAACUAGAUUUUGGAGGGAACAAAAUAGAAGGCUUUUUCCAGCUGGUAUCUUGCAGCUUUGGUGGGACCAUGAAUUUGGCAUCCUUCCACCUCAGCAGAAGCAUUACCAGGCCACCUCUAUCAUCAUGUAGGAGCCUGGGGUUUGUUGAGAAUCUAUGGUGAAAGGAAUAAAGCUCUUCUUUCUUCCUUUCGCGUUUUAAGUAUGAGAUUUUUCUCCUGCCUCUUCCAUCACCGCCCAUACCUUUUCUUUGGGGAAAAUAUCAUGAAGCAGAUAAUCUUGUUAGGUGGGAAAAGUUUAUUCCUGUCAUCAGCCUUAAUCUUGCAAGCCUGCAACUCUUGAAAAACAAGCAGAAAUGCCGUGUGGGCUAGUAUCUGCCUCCAUUUCUGAGCAGUGUUUUCCUCUCAAAUCGGCAGUGUAGUAUUUGACUUCUGCAUUCUGCCCUACCUACAAGCUGCUUGGUCUUGUUGAAGAGGUUAGUCCAGCUCUCCAACUCGGCAAAAUAUCAGAAUGAAAUAUUGGUGCUUUAAAUCCUAGCUGUUAAACUGCCAGAAAAUGGAAUGAGGAAUUUGCAUGAUUUGAGUGCCUUUCAUUCGCCUCUGAUCCACCACUCAAAAAAAAUUUCCAGGGUGUACAGUAUGUCCUUAAAUUGGUCAUGUGACAAGUUCUGUUCCUUGUUCAUGGUGUUAUUUUGACAGAUUUCCCUUUCUAGAGGAGGUCUUUAGCACCACUUAGGCCUCAGGCCAUUGAGGAAAGAAGCUCUGCAUGAGAAACUCGAAUCCUUUCUUAAAAACGAUGGGUUAGUUUGGUGAAAAGCCACCUGUAAGGAAACCAGGCAACCCAACCACCCAUGAGGAAUCCAUGCCUAUGCCCUCUUUUUUUCAUGCCUUGUAAAAGGUAACAAGACUGUAUUUUAGUUGUGACUUCAUCAAACAGAACUUUCCUGCUGGGAGAAAAAGAAAUGGACUGUUUUGUUUUGGCUUUAAUCCCUCUCAGUUAAAAUACUUGUGGUCACCUCACUUGCCUGUUACCCACCUAAGGAACUUUUGUUCCUAGAACUGGCUGUUUUGGACUGAUCUAGAGAGAUGCACUGGAUAUAGGAAUUGGUUAUUCCCUAAAUAUAUAUCUUUUAAGAUUCAAAUUAUGGGUUUGCUAUGACCACUUCAGUAGAGCAUAAACAGAUGAGACAUAAUACUUCCUUCAUUACCAUCAUCUCUUGCCUUUCCUAAUUCUCUCUCUCUGUGGUAGGUACUUUACCUGCUUUCCUAUAGAAAGUGUAUCUGCAAGAGUGUACAAAGCUGUAUGAGAUGGCCCUGAGACCUAUUUCCCAUGUAGGAAGCAAAAGGUUGAGCUAGCAGGCCAGUAGCCUUUUUGCCAGAGGUGAUGGUACCAAAAAGCAAAACGUUGGGUGUUAUUUGACAACAAAUCUGCACUUCAUCUCUCAUGUCGACAUCUCUAAUGGAGAUAGGGAGCAAGAGUACUGAAGAAUCUCCUUUGCAGUAUUAAAAUUAAUCUCACAUUGUUUGUUUUAAUUAGACUUGAAUUCUGUGGGAGGCCAGUUGAUGAAAAGCUUGCAUUACACAAGCAGUUUUAAUCCAGUUUGGGCAAAUAACUUGGAGAAAGGUGUUCAAACUACCAUGGGCAACCUUAACUAUCUCAUGUGGCAUUAAGACAAAGGUUAAUUGUAUACUGUAAAUAAAACUACUUGAAUUUAUAUUCUUGCAAAUGGGAGUUAUGAACCCUGAGGUCUCCAGGGAAUGGUUGGGGGUAUGUGUCUUCUGUUAAAUCCUUUCAUCAGUUUCUUGGCAUAGGUUUGUCAUCUACAAAAUUGGUCAAGCUAAUAAUUAUUUUGCCUUUUGUUGUAAGCAGGCCUAAAAGUGUUGGGCUAGGUGUACAUCUGUUAAUUGGAAAAAAAUGUUUAUUUUUAUAUUGCAUUUUAUAAAAUGGAGUGGUUAAAUGUGUCAUUUUAUUAUGCAUGACUGGAUAUUAAAAAUUCUACUGUAACAACUUCUAGUUUGAUAUAUCUUGUGUGCAUUUGCCACACCCCUUUUCAGAUUAGUUUUAAUAAACAUCACAAACAUACUUCUUAAGGUGCCACCAGAAACUCAUUUGUUUCAGAUUCCUUUUCAAAUACAAAUGUAAGCUUUACAUUUUAAGUUGUGUAAAUCACUGUGAGCUGCUGUUAAUUUCAAGACUCUUCCUCAGUGCCAAGUUGAAAAUGGAAAUUUUGAAAUUCUAAAUCCACUGUCAU